AGUCGAUGAUCCUGCUGGGCUGCAUCGAGCGGAGUGAACUGCGGGGCCUGCUCCAGCGGCAGGCCCAGGGGACCGGGGGGCUCCACGGCGGGACGGCCCGCGGCCGGGGGGCCGUGGGCGCAAAGACCCCCUCCGUCGUUUACAUCGAGCAGGAGGACGGCGGCCUGCAGGAGCGAGAAGGGCCAGACGUGGAGAAGAGCCGGACAACGGACGAGACGAGGCCGUCGACCACAACUUACAACGCAAAAGACCCGAAGCAGGCUGGACCGCAAAAGACCACCCUGUGGAAUAUAUUCUCUUCAGUGAGACGGAAUGCACAGGAGGGGAACUCGGCGCAGGAGCAAUCCAGCCUGGGAGGAAGUCUGAAGCUGGAAGACGUGAUCGGGUGGGAGAGGAGAGACGUCACCGUCAGCUUUGAAACCUGUCGAAUCGACCCCUCGCCCUACCAACUGGUCGAAAAGACGUCUCUUCAGAAGACACACACCCUCUUCAGCCUUUUGGGACUGGACCGUGCCUACGUCACCAGUCUGGGGAAGCUGGUUGGGGUGGUGGCUCUGCGGGAGAUCCAGUCUGCGGUGGAGGGCACGUCCCAGAAGGGGCUGCGAUUCCGACCCCCGCUGGCCAGUUUCCGUGACACCCAGGAGACUCGCACGUCCGGCCGACUGCAGACCCCUCAGCGGGCGUCUCCCGGGUCCCGCACCGGCUCCCCGCCGUCCCGGAGCGGGGCGCACCCAGACGGGGCCACGCAGACGGCUGUCUGAGAUGCAGGGAGGGUGCGGGGGGGGGUGGGGUUGGGGG